AUGGUUCAGUUCAAGCCUCUGCUUGCCCUAAUCCUCUUCUCAUCGUGUUUGAUUAUUAUACCUUUUACUUCUGCCAAAUCCACUGAGGUUCACUACUGCAAUAAGAAAGCCAACUAUCCUGUUAAGGUUAGUGGAAUUGAGAUAAAUCCUUAUCCAAUCUCCAGAGGCAAAAAUACCACCUUCAGCAUUGCUGCAUCUACAGAGGAACCAAUCUCCGGUGGGAAGCUGACUGUUGAUGUUACCUACUUUAUAUUUCAUGUCUACAGUGAGGACCACAAUCUUUGCUCGGAGACAUCCUGCCCGGUUUCUGCUGGGGAUUUUGUGGUUUCUCAUUCCCAAGAGUUGCCUGGAAUUACACCUCCUGGUUCAUACACACUUAAAAUGACGAUGGUGGACGCAAACAAGAAGCAAUUGACUUGCAUUACUUUCGACUUCAGCAUCGGAUUUGUAGCACCAGAAAGCUUAGCUGAUGCCUGA